AUGUCGUCUGGCGCAAUGCAAUCGAACGUCGGCAACCGCCAGCUCUAUGAGGACGGUGACCAACGACCGCACGGCCACGCAGGGGGACCCGCUCCCGGGGGCAAGCUUCGCGCCCAAGACCCCGAGGACGUGCGGAGCGAGCUGACGAUGCAGAACCGGCAAAAGCACGACGAGAAGAAGGCGCGCGAGGCUGAGCGCGCGGCCGCGUCGCAGACCGUCCGGGACCCGCUCGAGCCCGCGACGCGGCAGGGCCACGAGCCGAGCCGGGGCGCGCAGGUCGACGCGGAGCUUCAGGCGGAGGACGAGGCGCUGUUGCAGAAGAAGAGGACGGAGAAGGGGCAGUGGGGUCCGAAAGUGAACGACGUCGAGUGA